AUGGCUCCCUCGACUCCGAGUUCUGCUUCCAUAUGCGUCGCUACUGCGCCUGCGCCUGGCGGAGAUUCCGACGGCGCAGCGCAGAAGCGCCCAGCGUGGGACAGCACCAGCGACCGCGCAUCCAAGCGGCGUGCCUCCAAAGCCUGUCUCUCUUGUCGCAAUCGCAAGGUCCGCUGUGACGUGGUAAAUGGCGGCGUCCCCUGCACAAACUGUCGCUUGGACGGCGUUCAAUGCGUCACCAAAGAGUCGAAUCGUGGCAGGAAGCCUGCUAUGGUUGUGAGCCCUGUUGCUCCCCAGUCUCCGCCGCCAACAUUGUCCUCCCACGAGGAAGAGACUUCACCGCCGCCUCAUCAGCCUGAUGAAUACCUCGUCUCCUUGUCGUUUGAAGACCAACAGCGAAAUACUCCACGGAGCGAGCUAGCCGAGCCGAUCAAUGACGAUCCUCGACAUCCACAUCACAGCCCCUUCUCCCUCAGGGAUAAUGCAGCUUCAGUACCAUCGCCAGAGCAGCUCAGUUCAGAACCUGCUCAUCGUUCCAUCCAUGACCAGUCCGGACGACUUCCACCGUAUAUUCGGCGACUUCCUCCUCACAUCAGCUCCAGAGAUAUCCAGUACCUAGCAGAAAAGGAUGCUUUAACCAUUCCCGACGAUGACUUCCGCGACGAGCUGUUGAGAACCUACGUCAAUAUUGUGUAUCCGUUUAUGCCGGCCCUGGAUCUCGAGGAUUUCAUCGGGCCUAUCAUUCGUCAGGACGACCGGAACCCUGUUAGCCUACUGCUUUUCCAAGCAGUCAUGUUCGCCAGCGUCACCUUCGUGGACGAGACCCUACUCAAGACGAGAGGUUAUCGUAGCAGAAAGGCAGCCCGAAAAGCAUUCUUCGGCCGAGUGCGUCUGCUUUACGGUUUAGACUGCGAACCAGAUCGCCUCUCGCUCAUCCAGGCCCUCCUCUUGAUGACAUACUGGUACGACCGCCCAGACGACGAAAAGGACACUUGGUAUUGGAUGGGCAUCGCCCUUUCUCUAGCUCAGAUCGUCGGACUCCACCGGAAUCCCGACAAGAUGAAGAUGAGUCGAAAAGAGAGGGCGUUGAGGUGUCGCAUCUGGUGGUCUUGCGUUAUGCGGGACAGGCUGCUGGCUCUAGGGAUCCGACGUCCUGCUAGGAUUCGGGACGAAGAGUUCAAUGUCCCAAUGCUCACUUUGGACGACUUUGUCCUUGAUGUUCCGUCGCCUGAUCUCGUCAAGUUGCUUGGAGAGUCAAGAUUGACAAGUCCAGAUCCUGAGGGGCGCAGAAUGGUGGCAGUCAUGUGUAUUGAGCUGAGCAAACUGUGCGUUUGUCUGGGCCACAUCUUGUACUCGCAGUAUACGGUCCUGGGGAAUCAUCCUGUAGGGUCUGAGUACCUAUUGAAGGUCAUCGUGAUGCCCAGACAAUCCGAGAAACGAGCCCAGGAGAUGGGAAAAUGCGACAAAGAGCUAAACGACUGGCUCAACAGCCAAGACACGGCGUCUAGGUACAACCCCGGACCAAUUGGACAUGGAGAUAAUCGCGACAAAGCAAUGCGCAUGAUUCGACUUCAUCAAGCAUUGCUUCACAUGAUAUAUCUGACAACAUUGGGUGUGCUGCAUAGACCCCAGGUCUUCUACUCUGGGUCUGACAGCAGUGAGAGCGGCAUCAGUAGAAAGGUAUCGAGAGAAAAGGUCACAGAGGCCGCUAUUGCCAUGACGAAAUUGGCAUUCGAUCUGCAAUCCACCAACCAGCUGCGGUACUUGUCCACCAGCAGCAUCCCGGCGUUUCUUUCUGCAACGCUCAUCCACCUGCUAGACAUCAAGUCUCCAAAUGAGGAAGUUCGGAAUGUGAGCAUUGGGCGAUUCUAUCAAUGUGUGCAAGCACUGCACCAGCUUCAGGACAUGUAUGCCUCCGCCGACUAUGCUGUUCGCUUCUUGGAGAAUGUGCUCAGGAACACCGAUAUCAAUAUUCCCAUGCUGAGAUUUGGACGGCCUCAAUCGAAGCUCGUCGACACAAACAAUGAGCGGUCGGCAUUUCCGGGAUCUGCAUUAGACAUAAGCACAUCCAGUCGCCUGGAAACGGCGUAUCCGAGUCCCUCGAGCACCCGAAACCAACCAUCCUUAGACGCUACAAGACUGGAUGCUCCUCUUCAGACGAGUCUAACUCAACCGCUCAGUCCCUUGCUAGAUUCAUUUGAUAGUUGGCCGAUGGAUAACAGCCUCCUCGACGACAAUCAGCAACUUACUGAGAUUAUUGCGGGAUCUCCAUAUUUGACAAUGACGCACGGCCAACUGUGGGAUGGUCAAUGCCUUGACGAAUAA